UACCUUUUGUUGGUUGGAUUAACGUCCCAAUUCUUGUCUCCAAAAAUUGUAUUCCGAUGUUCGGGUGUCGUCGGAUCCAUUACCUCCUUCGUCAAAGAUCUUCUGCUCCUUCCAUCGUGCUAUCUUGGAGGAUGGCUUGGCCGGUUUUGUCUUCUAGAACAUGACUUUCAAUUUUCCCUGUUGGCUGGUGGUUGGUGGCUUAUGGUCAGGUUGGCCUUGAGCCAUGAUGGCAAGUCCUUUGCCUGCGCCCCAACUUGGAGGAUCGGUUAUUGCUGUGUGGUGAUCACAGGGUAUUUAUUGGUUUGGGCGCACCCUUUGAACUUCCGCCUUCUCUCGUUUUUCCUUAGUUAGAGCCCCUCGCACGUCGUCUCAUCCUGUGCCAUUGGAAUGGAAUUUUCCUCGAGAUCACAGAGCUCGUCGCCUCCUCUCGACGAUGAGCCCUUAAUAUCUGACAGUUUAUUUCAUGGCGAUCACCAGAAUACAGUGUCAGGCUUCAAUCGCCCUGCUCGGGCUUUACCCCCCUCUGAUUUCUCAAUAUCGGCCGAUUCCAGGGCAAGCAGGUUCUUCCCUCUUGGCGGGACGCGCACUGGCACCUCACCGGAUGUCGGUACCACAGCCAACGCUUUUGACUCCGCUGCCGAUAUGAUGAACUAUCUUCUCAAAACAUCCACGCAAUCAAAUGUCUCAUCCAACAGAUACCCCCCCUACUACGGGGAUGGAGCUACUGCCACCCAUCCCAUAAUAGACAAUGUAGCUCUGCUGCAAAACUGCUAUGCAACUGCCAAUUACAUGGCGGUAACACACAAGCUUCAAUCCAACUUAGAUUAUAGAGACCCUGUCCACCACCCCGCGAGUUAUCAUAAUAUCCAGUACUACAACAUCGCACAAAGAGAUGUCAACCUCUGGUCUCCUGACACUUGGGUUACAGAGGGUAAUCAUUCGUCAUUCUGUCCACCACAAACGCAGCAUCUAGAUGGCUAUGCCCCUUAUCCACCGCCAUACGCCUCGCCUAGCACAAAUGCAUCUUCUAGCUUCUAUCAUCAAUCACCAUCCUUCCACCCCGAAUCAUCCUCCGACUAUCCUAUAAACGUGUCUUCUAGCUCCUAUCAUCAAUCACCCUCCUACCACAGUGAACCAUUCGUCCACCCCGAAUCAUUCUCCGAUUAUCCUACAAAUGCAUCCUCUAGCUCCUAUCAUCAGUCACCCUCCUACCACAGUGAACAAUUCGUCCACCCCGAAUCAUUCUCCGAUUAUCCUACAAAUGCAUCCUCUAGCUCCUAUCAUCAGUCACCCUCCUACCACAGUGAACAAUUCGUCCACCCCAAAUCAUUCUCCGAUUAUCCUACAAAUGCAUCCUCUAGCUCCUAUCAUCAGUCACCCUCCUACCACAGUGAACAAUUCGUCCACCCCAAAUCAUUCUCCGAUUAUCCUACAAAUGCAUCCUCUAGCUCCUAUCAUCAGUCACCCUCCUACCACCGUGAACAAUUCUUUCACCCUGAAUCAUCCUCCGAUUAUCAUUUGAAUGCAUCAUCUAGCUCCCAUCAUCAGUCACCCUCUUACCACCGUGAAACACCCUUCCACCGUAAACCAUCCAAUACAGGUGAUGGAGGCGACAUGAGUAACCUUUCAUAUCGUCCACCUUUCAUUCAACCACAUGAAGAUCUGCCUCUUAGUGGAUCUCAUUCCCAUGGAACUCACCAUCCUCCAUCCGAUACAUUAUCUUGCGGCUGGCUUGUCGGAGAAAAUGUGACUUGUGUAUUUGAAGGGCCGUUGCAUGCACUCAAGAUACAUGUCAGGCGCAGCCAUCUGUCUGGGACUCAAAAUGCGCCAAAUGUAUGUCGUUGGCAAGGUUGCACAUAUCGGAAGCGCGACAAUACAGCCAUUCAGACCAUGCGGCGCGACUGUAUGUGGCGUCACGUUAAGGAGACUCAUCUUGGGAUGAAGAGGAUGGUCUAAUCUUUAUCUUUUUGUGUUUGUCACAAGACUACGCAUUUUCUUCGAUGCUCGUGAUUUUCCUUUGGUACAGAGUACGAGGGGCAGGGCAUAGCUACAUACAGGCUCGUCGAUUGUGAUACUUGCUAUCAUCACUAUCAUUCGCUCUUUUCUACUAAGUCAUGAUGACAGGUUCAUAAUUUGAACGAAAUAGCGCAAGUAUUUAUACCCAUUUUUUAUAUCUAAUAUGUUGUCGGGAACCUUGUUUUC